GUAGUACUCAGGAUGGUGCGCCGGGUGGGAUUUGUCGAUCAUCGAAAUUUCAAGAAGCAUUUGUUUUAGAGUUUUAAGUGUCGGCAGGAAGAAGUAGAAAGACUCACAGGCGGUGUCUGAUGUAGCAGCUGUGAUGUGAUUGGUACUUGUUUCUAAACCUAGUCUGCUUCAUCUACUACUUCUACGCACUGCAUGCAAUACUAAGCACAGAAUGUUGGUCACAAGUUGGGAUGGCGAUGCUCUACGGUACUACCCGUCACCGGGGACCUGGGAACUCAACAGCGAAGUUUUCGUGCCUUUGCAGUACGGCUCCAUUUUCCUCCAGCACGCGCCAUUGAAAGCCGCUCUUGAGCCGCAGCAAAACUCAGCGGAGAUGUCACGGACAAGCGGUAAAGGAAUUGCGCGGCAGCAGGAAGUAGAACUGGCGCCCGCGGGAGGCAAUGGAGUUAGUGCUAUGUGCGCACAGGUACGGAAAGAACGGGAGGGCAAAAUAAUUUUUACAUCCACGUUCGCGCCAGACACAAAAACGGAAGUCUCUAAGGUUGCUGCCCGAGUCGCCCAAGCGUGGAAAGAAAUUUCCGGAACUGGGAAAGAUUCAGCAGCAUCUGCCGCCCUGCAACAUCGGUCGACGCGAAAUGGUAGUGCGAAAGCAGCCGGCUCAUCCUCGCAGAAAAAACUUGUGCAACGAGCCGCGCUGCAGCUUCAGGGGAGCAGUGGGACUCAGCCGGAGCAAAGCAGUGCGACGGGGGGAGCCACGACCGGAAUGAUUAUACCAAGCCAGCAACCCUCGCAGAGUUCGAAUCUAACAGACGGCCAAGCGCAUGCUCUCGUGCUGGAGGCGUGCCAGGGGAAAGGCGCGAAAUGGCUGGUUAUGCAGUUCUUUCCCGACUCGGGCGAGCACGUGGCAAGGGUUUUGGAGGUCGUAGACGAUUUGGUCUACGUAUUGGGCACUGAGGAUGGAACUACUUCCACUCUGCCAUUUUCAACAAUUCUGGCGAAGCGCUGCCUCGUGAAACGAAACCUAGACGAGAAGUUCGCAAACUGGAUGCCGGCAAAAAGACUUCUGAAGGAGCAGCGGGAGCAUAAGUUGACCUUUCCCGGGCGUAUGCUGGGUGGCGGUGUUUUGGAGAUUUCCAGAGAUUCGCACGGGAAGUUCUGGGACCUGGUGCACCAACAGAGCCUGUUCGAAGUACGGGGUUUCUUCACACAAGUGAAAACGACGAAUGGUGCUCCAGUUGGAGGGAAUAGUGACAGUAAAGGGCAGCUACUGUUACUUGCGGCGAGGCCGGUUUCGACUCUACAUAACUGGGGUGAAAGUGGCCUACAGAACAACGGAGGCGGCUCCUCAAGUGCGACAGAAGCGGAUGCAACGGUGGACGACAAACGGCGCAGCAAGGGACAGCUCACCAGAGAGCACUUCAACGCAUUUUCUUGCUCUCCCCGUGCUUUUUCAAGCGUCGACGCUGCCGCUGUGGGACACGGCGAGGCGGCACAGGUGGCAAAUAUUUCGGCAGUAGAAAUCCCGCUACCAGAGGAUGAGCGAGGUGAUGUUCGACCAGCACUGUUCUCACAACCUGCAUUGAUUGCAGUCGAACCGUUGCCGGCAUCUUCUCAAGACCGCGCGGGACCAUUUUUAGCAGCGCCAACUGCAGCAACUGGCCUGACGCAAAUCACCUCGCAAGACUCAGUGUUUCUGGCGACAGGCAGUCAGGGUUCGCAAGUCGUUAUCCCAGAGCGACUACCAGGCGCAGGGCCAUCGCUCGGGAGCAGCAGGACUCCGCGAAAUGAAGAUAAGAACCAACACCCUACCUGGGCCUUUCCCGCGUCCCGCCUGGCAAGACACUUGGAAAAUUUUUUCGAGAAAAACCAAAAGCGCCUGACGAAAUCUCGGUUUAGCACGGAGCACAACCCGGCCUACUCCUUUUCAAUUGGCGUGGUUCCCGAUCACUGCAGGGGCGCGGCCUUAAGCAAGAUUUCGAAAACGCUGGAUGGAACUGGGCUGGUUACCACCAUCACGACGUUUUUCCGCCGCAAUUUCAGCUUGGAAACGGUCAAGGAAGGACAACUUUUGUCCGACUGCCGAGUGUUCAACAAUCCGCCGAACUUUUCGACCACGCAAGUGGAUGAGACGCUGAUCGAGAAGCGGCAGGCGCUGGAGUCGUGCCAGUUCCUGUACAGUUCGGUUAGCGUGAACCGGAACGUUGUGACUCCGGUCCACCGGGACAAAAACAACUGCGGCAGAUCCGCCGUUUUUUCCGUCGGGAAGUACACCGGUGGCGCGACCUGGAUCUUCGAUUUGCAGGCGGAUGACGCGUUUCGAAGAGGUGGGGCGGCGGUAGUUGGGUCGCUUUCUGGCUCCUGUUCAUCGGGCUCCUCCUCAUCAUCGUCAUCAUCGUCUGCCGGUUCAUCUGCUCGUUUCCCUAGCCCGCCGGGAAGCACGAAACAGGAACAUGGCUUCCUCACCGUCGCGGGUCAACAGGAGCGGUAUUUCGUCGCAACAGCAGUAAAUGCAGCAAGCGCACAAGUCCACGACUACCCGGACGGAGCUCUGGUCGCCCUCAGAAUCACCGAUCCGAAAGAGCAGAAGCAAAUUUGCUUAUUUCGCAAGUGGCGAGCGCAGGCGGAGGAAGGAAAUAGCAGUAGUUCAUCCGCGGGGGAGAUGCACAUGCAGGACCUCCACGGCGGAAACGAAACGGACACUGCCGGACUAGCAUCGGAAGUAAGUAACCAAAACCUUUUCCUCGGCAGGGUGUACAACUGCAAACAGGAGUUCGUCCUGUUCGACGGCCGCAUACCCCACUGCACCAUGCCCUUCUCCGGAAACCGGAUUACUCUCGUGUACUACUACCACAAAUCGGUGGAACGCCUGCGGAAACGGAAAAACGGUCAGGGCGAACAGGGGCAGAGUGAGCUCUUGGAAAAAUUGGACUUGGUCGGUUUUCAAGUGCCCCCGCACGACAUCUACGAGAGCAGCCGGAGAAUCUUGCCUUUACGGGAGACGUCGCAGAAUGUGAUCGAUUUGGUUUCCGACUCGGAGGAGGGGGAGGCAGGAGAAGGGGGUAUCGUGUCGGAGAACGACUUCAUUUCAAGCAGCGAGGAAACGGAAAGCGAGGAAGACGAUUUGCCUGUAGUGAAGAGCAGCGGUUCGAGUUGGGAGCCGGCAGCGAAAAGGCUAAGAGGACAAGAAGAACAAGAUGUCAUCAAGAACGGUGCGGGUAGGGGUCAAGAACAACAUCGCAGCGGCCUUCUAAACGGGCGGGAAAGGCGAGGAACAGAAGCUACGGGGUUGAAAAAAAGAUCCUGGCAGGAAGAGCGCGACGCCGCCGAGCUAUUGGAUUAAUGGUGUGGAACGCUGCUCCCAGUGGUUCCAACACCGACUGAAAUCGCGUCACUAGGAACGGCGCGUUUGAUUUGUCCUCCUAUUCUGAAUAUCUGCAGAACGAGCUGAACGUCGGUCCGGUCGACCUGUCAAAUGAUUGCGUAUGUUUUUAGAGCAGGAAGUAAGCGAAGCUCAACCAGACCUUCGUGGAACUGAUUUCAGAGAAAGGUAUGAAAAUUUCGCUGCUCAAGAAAAAACGAAUUACAAUUAGUACGAGCAGAGCUGCUCGUCGCUCUUCGUUCACAACAGAAAGACG